AUGAUGUUCUGGAUUGUUUCUCUGGUAGCAAUCAUUUUGCAUUUCAGUUCUGCACAGACCAAACCUGAAUCACAAGGUUAUUGUGCACCAUAUAAUGGGCAGAUUUGUAAAAAAUAUUUAACUGGAAUUGGAAAAGUAUGGUUCAAUGAUUCCAAUGACAAUCCUGGAGGAUGGUUGAAUGAACGUAUUACAACUAAUUUAUGGGAGGAAUUGAUACAAAGACUUGUUGAACCAUGUCGUUCAGCUGCAGAGAAAAUGCUAUGUAUGUAUGCCUUUCCACAAUGUCACAACUCAGUUGGUCUACCAUUAUGUUAUGAAGAUUGUAUGGCAGUACGUCUUGAAUUCUGUUUUAAUGACUGGGCAAUGAUAGAAGAUAAUAAACAGAGGGAUAUUUACAUCAGAUCAAGGGGACAUUUUACAUUACCUGAUUGUGAAUCAUUGCCAAAAGUAGUUAAGGGAAAAGUGACUUGUUCUCACAUUCAUUUGACUGAUAUGAAUGAAGACCUUGUUACAUAUGACUGUGUCAGAGGAAAUGGUAGAUUUUACAUGGGUAAAGUAAGUAAGACAAAAUUAGGCUUGGACUGUCAGUCAUGGAAUGCACAAAUACCACAUAGUCAUGAUAGACCACCAGAUGUCUUCCCUCAGAUUCGUUAUGGAGAAAAUUAUUGUAGAAAUGCAGGUGGAGAUGAACCAAUGCCAUGGUGUUUCACCAUGGAUACUAAUAUACGAUGGCAACAUUGUGAUAUUCCUAUAUGCGAUAAUGUAACAAGUAAAGUACUGGAGGUUGACCCAAAAGACUUAGUAAUGGAUACUCUAUUUACUCCAAUGUUUAUAUUAAUAUUGUCUUCAUUAGGAUUUGUAAUUAUAACUGGAAUUCUAUUAUCCAUUAUUUUAAGUCACAGACUUCACAAGCGACAUCAAGGAUAUAAUAACCCCACAGAUAAUCAGUGUGUUAGUAUUGAUUUGGACAAACUACCAAGCAACGACGCUUACCACAAAACGAGCGCACAGCUGAAUCCAAAAUUGGAAAAGCUUGAAUUUCCGAGGAACAAUAUCAUUUACGUUCGGGACUUGGGACAGGGCGCUUUUGGUCGAGUAUUUCAAGCAAAAGCGCCUGGUCUCGUCCCUGGUGAAGAAUUCACCAAUGUCGCUGUAAAAAUGUUAAAAGAGGAAGCGUCAGAAGAUCUGCUUAAGGACUUUGAACGAGAAGCAUGCCUCCUUGCCGAAUUUGAUCACCCAAACAUCGUUAAACUAUUAGGUGUGUGUGCUUUAGGUCGACCAAUGUGUCUCCUCUUCGAGUACAUGGGUCGUGGUGAUCUGAACGAAUUUCUACGAUCAUGUUCGCCGGGGAAUUAUAUCAUUCGAAGUUUAGAAAAGGACGAACACUUCACGGACUCGCGUCUGUCGCACAUGGAUUUAAUUAACAUAGCUCUCCAAGUAGCGUCAGGAAUGGUAUACCUGUCGGAUAGGAAAUUCGUUCAUCGAGAUCUCGCGACGAGAAAUUGUUUGAUCAACGACCAAAUGAUCGUGAAAAUAGCGGACUUUGGUUUGUCGCAGAAGAUCUAUCUGCAAGACUAUUACAAAGGUGACGAACAAGACGCCAUUCCAGUUAGAUGGAUGCCUCUAGAAAGUAUAUUGUACAAUAAGUACACAGUCGAGACCGACGUAUGGGCUUUCGCGGUGUGCUUAUGGGAGAUAUUUAGUUUUGCGCUUCAGCCUUAUUACGGAAUGACACACGAGGAGGUUGUAAAAUAUAUUAAAGAGGGCAACGUGCUUCAGUGUCCAGAAAACACUCCGCUAGCGGUAUACGAUCUGAUGAAACUCUGUUGGAACAGAAGACCGUCGGAUAGACCCACUUUCAGAACGAUUUAUAAUACUCUGGAUACUAUAAAAAACAAUUUGGAAGCAGAGAAUAAGUCGGAUAGUGUACCAUUGCGUAUUCUCGUGUGAGUCUGAUAAUAAUUUAUCCAUGGAAGGAUUAGGGGG